CGUGCGCAGUGGCGCUCGGCGGGACCCGCUGAGGCAAAGCGGAGCCGCAGUGACAGAAGCGAGCAGAGCGGCUGCCGGGCAAGACUCACCGAGGCGCAGGGGCUGGAGUGGUCUGGUAAUACUUUUCCUUACCAUUUGGUGAUAUCUUUUAAUGGUCCAGAUGAGUGAGUCGACAUCUCAAGAGGAACCCAAACCUGCUCAGGAAAAUGGAAAAGAAGACAAAGAAAGGAACCAGGAAGCAACUGAAGUAAAAGAGCCUAUUAAGAGUUCACGGAGUAUACCAGACAGUUUGGCAUUAGGCACCUGCAGCAAUGUGGCAGGAACAGCAGCAAAUAAAGUCAAAUCCCAAGAAUUAAACCUGGAGGAGCAGCCCAAAAUCUCAACUUGUUCAAUAAAGGACUCUAGAAUCUCAAAGAAUACUGUAUUCAGAAAACCUGCAAAAGUGAUUUUCAAUUUAGAUCAAACUACACAGAGUUCGAAGCUAGAACAGUCAUGGAAGAAAAAUCUUUUUGAAAGACUGCAGGCAAGAGCCCAGACAAUGCAGCAGAAAAUCAUAGAUAAGGAAAAUCUGAAGAAGGAACUAGAAAAAAAGGCUGAAGAAAAACUCCCCAGGGAUAAUUUGGCCAAAGAGUGGUUUAAUACUGAAAACAUGACACUGAACACUCGUGCAUAUUUGCUCGACAAACUUCUACCCACCUUAGUUCCUGGAACGGAAAAAAUGUUAAUGCAAGUGGAAAAGAAGAAGCUUUUGGCAGAAGUUGAUAUUCCAACCAAGUUUGAUCCAAUUAACCAUUUGGGGGAAUACUUAAUGAGAAACAACCCUAAUUAUAUCAAAGACUCAGGAAUGUCUGGUUAUCAGAGGGUGAUGAGAAAUACCACAGAAGACCUGAAGAUAUACGUUCCGAACACUACUUACAACAGAGUAUCCAAGAUGAAGGAGAAUAUUAAACAGAAACGAGAACAAAGAGAAUGCAUGAACAAAGUCAAAGCCAAGGUGGCCAACACAUGGAAACAGGCUCUGCAGGAACAGUUCAAUGAGUGGAUUCUAGACCCCAAAGGAAUGAUUCCUAUGAUAGUGAUUCAAAAUGUUCUUCAUGAAUUUUUUCAAAAUCCAGAUUUCCAGCUUGGUAAGCCUGCCUCAUGCUGCCAACAAUUGGAUAUUGCUGACUCAAUGGAACCAAGACUGAACAAAAUGGAAUUUAUAGAAUUCAUCUCUUCUCACAUUGCAGGCUUUAAAAGUGAAAUGUUUGAGGAGCUCCUUAAGCACCUUUGCCACUGUGCAGAUGAAUUCAGGGAGGUUAUAAAAACUGACAUGCGGAGACAGAUGUUUGCUGAACUCUUCUUGCAUUGUGACUGUGGGAAGGUAGGGUUUUUGGAUCGGCAGAGGACAUUGGCUUUACUGGAAACAUUCUAUGACCAAAGUUCAAAAGUGCUCAGAGGUUUACUCCGAAACCCAAGACAAUGGCCGUUUGUUGAAUUUGGAGAGAUAGACUUGCCUGAGUUCUGGGGAGACAUGGAUAAUCAGAAGCACAUUUAUGAAGACUUUGACAAAGUACUCUUAGAGAUGAAUACAUUACUUUCUGAAAAACAUGCUAGCAAGAGCCAAAGUAAAUUAUUAGCAAAUCCAGAAGAUCAACAUAAACAUGAUAAACAUAGAAAAUCAACACUACCACAAAGCCCACCAGAACAGCAGAGAGGGACAACUGCAAACCAAGAACCAAACAGAAUUUCAACCAACGAACAAGAACAAGACAAAGAGUCAACUGGAGAACAAGAACUGAACAAAGAAUCAGUAGCAAAACGAGGAACCUACACAGGGUCAACUCCAGAACAAGGAUCAAGUAGAGAAUUAAUAAUAGAACAAAGACCACAUAAUGAGUCAAUAACAGAACAAGGAGUACCACCAGGAAUCCACACUGAACCAGCUGCAGAGCAAGGACUUUACAGAGAAUCAGUAACGGCACAAGGACAACAUGAAGAGUCAACAACAGGACAAGGAUCACACAGAGGGUCACCUGAGGAACAGGGACCACAUAGAGAGUCAGUAUUAGAACAGGGACCACACAGAGGGUCAAUUGCAGAACAGGAAUCACACAGAGAGUCACUCUUAGAUCAGGGACACCCCAGAGGGUCAACUGCAGAACAGGAAGCACGCAGAGAAUCCCUAUUAGAUCAAGGACGACCCAGAGGGUCAGUUGCAGAACAAGGAGCACGCAGAGAGUCAGUAGUAGAACAAGGACCACACAGAGGGUCAACUGCAGAACAACAACCACCCACAGAGACAAUUCCAGAAAAACAAGAGGAUAUAGACUCAACUUCACAAUCAAGAAAAGGUAGUAUCUUAAGAGAAAGUGAAAAAUCUAGGGAGGCUAUUUCCUUUGAGUACACUGAAAUCCCUCCACAGGAAGAAAGGACUCAGGGGCAAAUCUGUGACGAGCAACUAUUCAUGAGUCCUGAACUGCAAGAGAAAAUUUCGGUAUCAAGCAGAAAAGGUCAUCUUUCAGAAACUGAAAAAAAGGAAGUUCAGAAAGACAAAUCCUGUGAACCCAAGUCCCAAAAAAUAGAAGGAAAAUCAUGGUCAGGUGAACUUUUGACUUGUAACUGGAACACGAAGUAUGCCAAAUGUGAAGAGGAGGAACAGGCAAACUUAAUCUAUGGUAACUCCAGGUUCACAGACCUACACUCGAUUAUCAGAAAUAUUCAGUCUUACAAGGAAAUAAAAGGUAGGAGUGCCUUCAAUGGAGUUUCCUUCAAUCUGCUCCAGUUUGUGCAACUCCUGGAGACAUUUGUUGGUGAAGAUGCCCCCUUGAGUGUCAGCGAAGCCCUCACCUCCUUUUUUAAGAAGGGCUUUGUUGAAACAAAAGAAGAGAAAAUGCGUGGCUUAGAAGAGGCUAGACAAAAUGCUUCCCAAGUCCGACGGGGACUUCUCCUAAAUGCCCUCUUUCAGAAGUGGGACUGUGAUGGCUCAGGCUUCCUGGAUCUGAAUGAAGUUGAUGAACUCUUGUACACAUACAAGGAGGGAAUGGAAAAGGAAUCUAUGAAGAAAGCUAAACUACACAUCCAAUUUCCAAAGCCACACCCUGGUCACGAAGUGAGGUUGUCUUCCAAACAGUUUCAGAAAUACAUAGAAUUGGUUGUAUCUGAACUGAGGGGCAAUGAAGAUCAAGUUCUGGAAAGCGUUGUGGAGUUUCUGAUGAAUACUUUAGAAAGGAGCCAUGUUGAGAGUCUGAGAAAUUGUGCCAGACAAAAGUGGCUGCACCAAAUCCAACGUGCUGCAGAGACAAGUGGAGUAUCCUUGGAGCCAGUGUACGUGGAGACCUUUAAGGCCCUCACCCAGGAUGCUGAAGCCCAUGGAAAUAAGAAGAUCAGUGCUCACAUUUCCCUAUUAGAAGAAAACCUACUACUGCCUGAUAGAGGGAAUGUUCUAUUGAGGAAUAUAGCUUGUACUUUAGACGAUGCUCCAUUUGUACUGAACAGAGUGCUCUACAGGGACAUGAAGGGGAUCAGCUUUACAGUAGUGGAUGAAGGGAAGCCAGUACACGUCCCCCAAGUUCAGAACCAUGGGAACAUCUUCUUCUGGAACCAUUCCCGCAAGAAGAACGAUCAAAAUGGGUCAUUCCUGGCUCUGCCUCUUCAGGAUGCAUAUAUGAGGAUCUUUGGGGUCUUGGCUGUUGACACCUUAAGAGAUCCCCAGAAAAUAAACAUCUUCCUACCCCAUGAGAUCAAAUUCUAUCAGGGAGUUGCCAAUGUUUUUAGUACUGCCUAUCACUACGUCCACAGCCGAGAGCACAUCCUGCAUAUCGUGAUCACUGGCAUCAGCUGGCUCUACAACAUCACAUCCAGCAUCACUGCCAUCACUACAUACUUCAUUGAGCCUAGCCCAGCGAAGGAUUCGGACUAUGUUUUACGAAAUAUGAUGGUCACAGGGCACCUGGGUCUAACAGAAGUCCACAGGAAUCCCCCUAUCAUCUUUAGGAAGACUUGUAUCUUCAGAGAUUUCCUCUUUAAGUGUACAGACAGUUCAGAAGUUGUUUUGGCCUCUGUCUGUGGAGAAAACCACAUAGUAGUUCCACUUCGUGAGAGAACAGGAGAAGCUUUGGGAGUUCUCGAUGUUAACAUUGGCAGGAGUAAGAUGUUGUUGUAUCGAGAAUUUAAAGAUCUACAGAAAAUGGCGAAGGUGAUCCAAGUUGCCUGCAAUGAAAUACUGGGCGAAUUAUCUGGAGAAAUAAAGAAAAACUAUAUCUUAGAAACUGAAAAUGUGGGAGAAGUCCAGCGGGCAGGCAUUCUCUUCUUCCGAGUCAUGCUGAAAGAGCUACAACAGUGCCUCCGGCUGCUUACCUCCAUGGACUUUGUGUCACUGUUGCUCUAUGAUUAUGAUCCUCUGGCAGAGCCGAAAUCACCAGACAGCCAGUCCCAGGAGUUGGAAGCCAACAUAAAACUAGUACAAGACAUCCUAAAAGGGAUUAUCUUGUUCUUUCAUCCAGAAUUGGAAUUAUCAAGUGACUUAGGAAAUUGGGAUCAGUGUAAACUGUACGUUAACCAAUACUUAGUCGAGCACAUUUGUGACUUUGAUCCAACUGCUAGGAAACUGAAGGUUAAUUUAAAGCUCAUUGAUGAAUAUAUCAGAGGUAAAUUUCCACUUAAUUAUGGUCUAAAUCUAUACCAACAGCAACAAAACACAGUUGCAAUCCAGAGACUUUUAUUAGAAUAAAGCAAGUAGCUCAUACAUUCAAUUUUUAGAGGAAAAUAGUUCUGAUUAUAGUCUUCUAAAAGGAGGGGCAUUAUCUAUAAUCUACUGCAAUCCCCAAAGUGACUGUCUAUGCCACACAUAUGAGAAUUCAGAAGCACCUCUGUCUCCCACUUAUUGACUACAUGUUCAUAAUUCGCUAAAAAACAAAAGCAAAUAGGGGCUGCAGUGAGACUAGGAGACAAGUAUGUUAAGCAAAAAGGCAGCUAUUAUCUUUAGUUUCCAUGAAGAACCGAAGAAAAUAAUAGAUCAUGAGUCUUUAUAGACUAGUAAUGUAGACUUUUUGGAGGAGGAGCAUCAGCAGGAAUCAAAGCAGUGAGGCUCCCAGGUUGGAAAAAGUGAUGAGCUCUUUGACCACAGGGAACUGGUCACAUA